CGACAUUCCGAUAUUCCAAUGUUCACAAUUUUGAUUUAAAUUCGCAAUUUCACAUUGUAAAUUGUAAAUCCCCAGGUUGUGUUUAAUUUAAACGGUCGUCUUGCUGCUAGAAACAAUCAUUCAUCAUUUACCAUGUCUGAUAAUCAACUAGCCAAUUCCAGUGAAUCCGAAAAUAUUUGCAUCGUUUGCUUUAAAAACGUUGAAAUAUAUUCGAUUGGUUCUUGCGAUCAUGCCGUCUGCUUCGAGUGCUCCACAAGGAUGAGGGUCCUUUGCAAGCAGAACGAAUGUCCCAUAUGUAGGAAGCUAUUAGAAAAGAUAAUUUUCACCAAAUCAAUAGAACCAUUUGCCGUUCUGUUUCCAAAAUUCGAGCGCACCAAUUUGGUGGAUCGUAAAUUGGGCAUCUAUUUUUGCACCUCUGAUAUUCAGAAGUCUUAUUUGAAAUUGCUGGAACAUCGUUGUAACAUCUGCGAAAACAAUGGCAGGAAAUUACAGUUCAAACAAUUCCACCAUCUUAAGGAUCACAUGCGCAAGGAACACGAACUUUUCUAUUGCGAUAUAUGCACUCAAAACCUCAAGAUUUUUAGUUUUGAAAUGAGGUGUUAUAACAGACAGCAAUUGGGGCUGCAUAGGAGGAAAGGUGAUCCUGACAAUACUUCUCAUAGAGGACAUCCUCUUUGUGAAUUUUGCGAUGAAAGAUUUAUGGACAGCGAGGAAUUAUUUCGACACCUUCGCAGGAACCAUCUUUUCUGUCAUUUUUGUGACGCCGAUGGCAAACACCAAUUUUACAGUAACAUGGAUGAUUUGUGCAGGCAUUUUCGAGAAGAGCAUUAUUUAUGUGAAGAAGGUGAAUGCAAAGACAUGCCAUUGACUGCCGUCUUUCGAACUGAAAUUGAUUGUAAAGCUCAUAAAGCUACAGAGCACACUAAAUUUAUGACUAAGUCUGGUGCCAAACAAGCCAGGACUUUAGAGUUACAAUUCACAUUGGCUCCUAGAUCAAGGGUCGACAACUCUAGAAAUAGACGAUAUGCAGAUAGAGACAGAUUGGACGAGGAGUCUUCCAGUAGCUACAAUGUGGAGCCUGGUGGACCAGGUGGUGGCGUCGAUGAUGAACGAGGCCAGAUGUUUGUAAACUCCUUGACACCACAAAAUUUUCCAGCCCUCGGUGGAACUUCAAGCAAUAUGACUGUUCAUUCUAGACCAGCCAGCGUCAAUUACACAAACAAAGUGAAUUCUAAUUUUACGAGUGAUGAUUUCCCUUCAUUAGGUGGAUCAUCGAAACCGUCAUCGGCUCUUACAAUAACCACGAACAAUUUAACGAAAAAUAGCAGAGUUCCAGAUGUUACAAUUACCAGAACUGUUAAAAAUCAAAAUACUCUUGCAAAUACUGUAAAAAAUUUCCCGGCUUUAGGAGGUCCAAGCUCCAGCUCCGGUGGAAGAAGUACAGUACGAUUAAGCGUUAAUAACAGUCACGACUCGAACGCUCCGAACGUUUCAAUACAAGUAAACCACAGACCAAAUGGUAGUAUUACGACCCAUAUCACCACGAGCGCUUCAACGUCGACUCAACGAUUAACGGAAGCAUUUCCAGCUCUUGGUGGCGUAUCCACCGUCUCCCAACCACAGUGGGUGCCGGUGAAAUCGAAAAAAGAACCCAAAACUCAGAAAGUAGCUCCUGCUCCUCAAUUACCUCCUACUACAUUAGAGCAAUUUCCUACAUUGUCGAAGAAAAAACCCAGUGCGGCCGCUGCCUCUAACAACUGGGUCAACCUCAAUAAUUUUAAUAGUACAAGUUCGAAAAAUAGUAAUAAUUCUAAUGCGAAUGCUGGAAGAGAUCAAAAUAAAUCGAGUGAUACUAAGAAAAAUGAAGCAAAGCCGUCUAGUUCGAAGCAAAAACAAUCCAGCACCGAGUCCAGAAUGAACGAUCUAAGAAUUGCCGAAAAUCAUGAAACGAAAAGCAAAAACAAAAAGAAAAAAGGCAAAAGUGUCGAACCGGAGCCUCAAGUAUCCUCUGAGGAAACGUAUAGCUUAAACAUCAAAGGUGGCACGUCGAGUACUGAAAAACCAGAAGUAAGUGCUCGAGAAAAUAAGAAUAACGAAUUUACAGCAAAUCCAGCUCCUCCACCGGGAUUUAGUGUUAAACCGCCACCAGGUUUGAAUCCUACGGAAUAUCCUACAUUAGGAGUAGCGAGCGAUUUUACGUUUACAUCGAGCAGUGGCCAAAGCUACUCAAUAAUGCCUGUUAGUUCCUAUCAUCAACCUGCCAAUUUCCAAUCAAGGAAUCAAAAUCUAAUACAACAAUUAAUGACUGUUCUAGACAACGAUUCCAUAAAGGAAUUUAAAGCGUAUUCUGAUCUAUUCAAGAACAGCGCAUAUCCUACUAUGAAAUACUAUGAAUACUGUAGAGAAAUUCUCGGUGAUAAAUUUGACAAUAUAUUUCCUGAAUUAUUAGUACUUUUACCAGAUAUCGACAAGCAGCAGGAAUUGUACAGGGUGCUUGAUGGUAAAAGUAAAAAGGCGUUAGAGAUUUGCGAAAAUUGUAAACAAGUUAUUUUUAAGAAAGAAUUACGUGAACACUACAACAGUCACAUUUUAGAAAAUCAGUUUCCGACAUUAGGAAGAGCUCAACAAAUUUCCAAUACCUGGAGGAAAUAAUAACGAAACGAAGACUAUAAUGCAAUAAGGGGGCUUAUUUGGGAUCGUUUGUUUGCAUCGUUGCAAUUCAUUUAGAUAAUUUGUAAUCGUAAAUCUAUAAAAUAUUUUUUUAUUUAAAUUUGUUAGUUUUCGCCCCAAGUUUUCUUUCAUUCGUUUUUAACUACGUUUACGAAUUGGUCUAAUUCCAUUACUAUUCUUACUGUAAACUUAUUUUUUUUUUAAUUAUGAUAUAGUUUUUAAAAUAUGUUAUUAUCGUUCAUGCUAUAAAGAUUAUUAAUGUUGGAUUUAAUUUAAGAGAAAAUAAAAAACAUAAUUAUUUUUUGGCUAAUUUGAGCUUGCCUCAGAGACUUUAAAAUUAUCUCUUGGUACUAAUUUUUAUAACUAGUCUUUUACCUUCAAUCGAGUUCAUUGUAACUAAAAGUAACAGUUUGGGUUAUUUACAUUAUUGUGCAUUAAUGUUACUUUUAUUCGAAAGUAAUUUAUUGAUGAAAAUUAAGGUGGGUACUUGGUAUAAAUUUUUUUGAAAAAGCCAUUUUUUGUUGGUUUUUUGCAAUACAUUUAGUUUUUUCUCGUAAAUGCUUUGUGCAAGUUUUUGAAAAAACUAAAGAUAAAAAAGUUAGUAAAUGAAUUUGACUUUUUAGCCAUAUU